GAAGUUAAUGCGGCGGCGGUGGCGGCAGCAUGCUAUGUACCGUUGAAGGGUCUCCGUCAGCAGUCGGCCGGUCCCCUUGUCCGUGUUAAUUAUAGCCCCCGCCCUCUCCUUCCACUCAACCCUCCUCCGAUUCUCAUGUCUUCCAUCGAGCAGGACUGGUUCCCAACUCACCUGCGAGUGACGGUUAUCGGCGCGAGGAAUCUGAGGGCGAAGCGCAAGAAAGGCUUGAACAACUGCUACACGGUGAUCCGCCUGGGCCCGGAGAAGUACAUGACCUCGGUGCAGGGAGGCACGCUGAACCCCGAGUGGAAGGAGGAGUGCACCUUACAGCUGCCCCUCGUCUUCGACAACUCCGACAGGUGGACGCUGCACCUGACCGUCAAACACAACAACACGCGAUUGCCUGUCGACGACUUUCUGGGUCACGUGAGCGUGCCCGUCGCCGAGCUGUACGAGAACAAGAACAGGAGGAAGAACGAAUGGUAUGAUCUCCAGUCAAAACCAAACAAAGUGGCAAAAGACAGAGGCCAGCUACAGCUUGCUUUUCAGUUCCUACGUGACAACAUGACAGCAAGUGCAUAUGAGCUGUCCAGGGGUAGACCUCAGUCUGUGUUUGAUAAGUUUAAGGAUAAAGUAGCUUCCUUAAAGUAUGGAAUGACUCAUGAGAUUUUACCAACUGAAGGGCCUAGCACUAGCUUGAAACAUCACAGAAGUGGAAGAAUGUCAAAAUCGCACAGUUAUGUUGCUCAGAUGGACUCCAGAGGUGAAAACAAAUUCAACAUUUAAUUCAGCGGAGGCAAACAAGCAAAGUGAGUUUGAGGUUCAUUCUCAUCCUUUCCACAGUUUCCAUAAAAACUCUGGAGACGAUAUGCAUGCUAAGGUGCAGUUGAGAAUAGAAGAUGCCUCCUUUGCAGAAGAUAAGCCUGAGAAGACAACUUCUCUGAAGCUAGAGGAAACAACAGUUCUGACGCUAGAAACUAAGAUAUUGACCACAACAAAAACAUUAGAACCUGCAGUUGUUGCACCGGAGCUACCCAAAUGGAAACCAGCCCAGGCAAAAUUUUAAUGUCUUAUAACCAUGCAGUGGGAUCCAUAAAGCCCCCUGGGUUUGAUGAUAACUUGAUCUUAUCAUCUUUUAUGUCAGCUGGUGAAGGUCAAGAUGGUGCAAUUGAGAGAUGGAAAAUAAAGCCUCCCACUUGUUGUACCCAGUGCUUUCGGCAUGCUGAGUUAAGAAGCAGGUAACAGCUUUAAAUUGUCCAUAUGCACUCAAAACACCACAGACUGUUCAAGUUACCUCAAAAGUGGGAAAUACAUCAUGGCUGGUUGUGACAGAACACCCACACGAGCCUGCCUUUAGAUGUGUUCA